GAGUUUUACUUGUGCCCAUCUUUACACGACCCCCCCUAGCUGUAUGUGAAAGGACGAAGCUGCUAUUGCAGUAUCGCAUUAGGAUUAGAGUUCAUCGUUAGUUUGCUGACGGCACAGAAACAAAUAGCUCCCGUUCAUCACUCUGGAAUGAUGAGUAGAACACGAGGACAAAGUGAACUCAAUUCCAAGACGAUUCUGCUUUUUGUUGGAGUUUUUUUACGAAAAAGAAAAAUCUCCUCAACAAGAAGCUGAAGCAAACUACGACAACCGCGGCGGUUAGUCGGUUUUUUGCAAGGUGGAACUAGAACAAUUUCUUCAACAUCACCACCUCUGACGACAAUAAUAAAAACACCGUUGUCAAGACAGAGCGAAAUCAAAAACAUGUCUCCACCUAUCCAGCACGUCCCAGGCUAUAAGGUAGUCCUUCUCGGCGACGCCUCGGUGGGAAAAUCAUAUGCAUUGCAAAUAUGUCUGGGUCUGGAAGGAUGCAACUUACCAUGCUGUCUUUGGAUCGGAAAGAAAAAUUGUAUUGCGUGACCGGGAAGAGGACGAGUCCAGUUCGUGCUACGCGGGGAGGGCACUUCUCAUGCGGAGUACGCAUCAGAAAACGGUCUCAAAAUCUGUCAUGCUAGGUCAUGCAUCAGAGGCAUCAUGGCUUAUGCAAGAUACGCAUGACAAACCUGGUAAUCUCCUUCAAGAUCCAGACAUCUUUGCAUUUGAUAAACCAUCACUGGUGACAAGAUUUGUGAACAACAGGUUCUCGGACAACAGUGAGGCAACGGUGGGUGCGGCCUUCUCAGCGCAAAUAGUGACGACGGAGGAGGGGCAACAGGUAUUAAAAUGUAGAUUUUUUGUAUACCAACCUGCAUGAUCUGGUUGUGAUGUUUGAACAUGUGAACCAGUAUUCCUGAGACCCCCCAGAUUAUAUUUGUAUGUCAGGACACGAGGGGGCCUGCCCCUAAUUGUCCUAGAAGAAACCCGGCCUCUAAAUCGCUUUCUCAUACAAAUUUGUUAUGUUUUAUGGUCCGCUGUUUUCCCGGCGGACCCUUGGGAAACUGGUUCUACCGUCCGGCACGGGGCCCCCAGGACUUCCCGGGGCCCCCGGACGCGAAGGGACCUACAAUGCCUCUGCGCCGUCGUUUUGUAUGGUUCCGCGCUAGCACCGCGGCGUUCCGCUUAGCCGCGGCCGCGCUACGCCGCACUACGACUACGCACAUUCGGCAGUCGCUCGGUCAUCUGCAUUCUCACGGACUGUUAGCAAAAAUACAGACGCCAUCGAGAGUGAGUGUCCAUGUGAGCAGUGGCCAAAAAGAGCUGCGAGCCGCGUAUUAUUUGCCCUUGCCCUCGAACGCGCGCGCGCGCGCUAUUUCUUCGCGCCAAGUUUGUGCUGCGCGCGCGAGCGCUCCUGCUUGUGGUAACCGCAAAGCCGCGGUGCGCCGUUUCUGCGCGAGUCUUCCGCAUGCCACAAUGAACAUUCAACCACAGCCACACCACUUCCGCUCCACAUACAAAAAAGCUGUAUGUUCCGCGCAGGACAGACAAAUACUGCGCGUUGUCAGAAAAAACUUUUCUGCUCAUACGUCUUUUUGUCUGUUUUGUGUGCUUUUUUCUGUUCUAGGUACCCUUCGCGUCCCGGGUACCUUUCGUGUGCUGCUUCAUAUGCACCAGCGCAAAGACAAUCAAACAGUGUUUUUCUUUUUACAUGAUGAUGUCAUACUCCAAGGUAAAAUUUGAAAUAUGGGAUACCGCCGGUCAGGAGAGGUUUCGAUAUGGAUUGCAAAAGUAUCGUACUAGUAGCAAUCGCAUUACAAAUUGGCUUAGCAUGACAAAUGGAAUUUGUCGUGCUGUUUUGCCUUGGGAUGGAGAUUUGUAAUGCAUGACUGCGAUUCCUACGAGUACGAUACUUUUGCGCAGGAUAUUCGAUCACUAGCACCGAUGUACUACCGCGGUGCAGCGUAUGGGAGUGUCAGGAUCGAAAUCGUCAAAGUUGAAAUAAUUUGUAAUGCAUAAAAUGCGAUACAAAAAGUGACUCUAUUGCAGAGGACCCACGGGAGGCAGAUUAUAGUCCUGGUAAGGGUCAAAAGUUGGGCUGCUAACUAGCAUGACAGAAGGCAGCUCUUUUACCCUAAACCGCAUGACAGACGCGCUUCCAGGACCGGGAAAAUUUGUCAUGCACCGACUACAAACUGUAGGUCUAACUGGUAUCCGUUUUAUGCAUGACAAACUAUUUCAACUUUGACGAUUUCAAACCUGACGCUUCCAUACAGCGUGCGCGAUAGUGGUGUUCGAUGUAUCACAGGAGCCGACGCUAGACAAGGCCAAGGAUUGGGUCGACGAGCUCCGACAAAACGUCCAGGAUUCAGGUACAGUGAGUUUUCACUUAGGUUUCUUUGUGUUGCAGUUCUCGCAUGGUAAAUCUUGUCCUCACGACGUUUUUGCAAUACAAGUCUACUAUGCAAAUGCAAAAUUAUCAGAAUUCCUGGUCAUCGCUCUGGCGGCCAACAAGAUUGACCUGCGAUCCGACGUAUCAACUGCAAAAAUGUCUGGGUCUGGAAGGAUGCAACUUGUGAUGCUAAAUCCGAACCAUGCAAAAAUCUGUGAUGUUGCAUGAAUGCCAAAAGCUCUCCACUUUCGAACAAGUUGGGAGUUGGGAGUUUCUCAUGCAGGAUAGGCAUGACAGAGACCCCGCAGAGAGUCUGUCGUGCUAGGUCGCGCAUUCCAGCCCUCACGGGUGAUGAAAAACCUGCAUGACAAGUUUACACUCUUCCAGACCCAGACAUAUUUGCAUUUGAUACGACGUGGGCCGAAAAGCGUUGGAAUACGCCAGAGAGGUAUGCAAGGAAAAAACUAUGUGAGUGUAAGUCUGUGAUGCAAAAAAUGCAAAACUGUCACACUUGUGAUGCUGGAUGUGCGUCAUAGGCUACUUCCAUCCGUGUUUUCACAUACUAAUUGCGCAUGACAGGUUUCCCCUGUAAUGCAAAACGAAUUUGUGAUGCUGCUCUUCCUACAAAGCUACACUUACACAGUUUUUUUCCUGGAUAAGAGGAGGGCCUUCUCUACGCAGAAACCAGCGCCAAGACCGGUAUCAAAUGCAAAAAUGUCUGGGUCAGGAAGAUUCUGAGACUUGUCGUGCCUGUUUUGCAUGACCGCGGAUGUCUGUAAUGCACGACCUAGCAUCACAGAUUUUUAGAGGGCUCCCUGAUGCCUCCUCCGCAUGACAAACGCCCUCCCCGCGUAGCACAAACUAGACUCCUGCUCUUGCUGGUCAUGCAAUGCAGACCUUGUUAGAGUCCAAAGGUAGCAUCACAAGUUCCAACCUUCCAGAUCCAGACACUUUUGCACUUGAUAACCGGCGCUGGUGUGCGAAAUCUGUUUGACGAGCUAGCCCGGACGGUGCCGGAAAUGGUCAGGAGAAAGGAAAUCGAAAAGUCACGACAGUCGGAGAUGAGCAGCGCGGCACACAACCUGGACGGCUUUCGGGUGGGCGGCAACAUGGACAGGAAAAAGAUGGAAGGGUUCGGGGGCAAUAAUAACAACAGUGGCGGGUUCGGAGCGGGUUGCUGUGGUGCGACGUGAUAGAAAUGCUAUAAUGCUUGUUGUGUGGUGAAGAAAUUGUGAGAAAUAGUUUUUGGUUGACGAGACAACUUGUACAACUAUGUAGAAAAGUUGAAAACUCAAACUGAAAACUUUCGAUUUUGUUAAGAUCCUUCUACGAAGAAAAAAUCAGUCAUCCUUUUACAAACAAAUCUAACGAUAGCUGUUGCGCAGUAGAUGAAGUGGCAGUGCGGUGACCCGCCGUCGUGGUGCCACGGCCUGGAGUCCAAGAAGCGAAGCCUAUGUAAAGACACUUUGAAUUUUAUCAAUUUUGUCAUGAAAACAACAAGCAGAACUUGUAGAACACAUCGAGUUUGUUGGCAAAUUAUUUCAUCAUAGAAAUAUAAUUGCCUCAAAGGCAGCUGUGUCGUGGACCUACUUUUGAUCUUGAGCUAUGAUCUACUACUGACUGCUCGAAUGAUUUCUGAGUUACUUAUUUGUCUGCUGUGAAUUACUAUUACAGCACAGGAGGGCGAAUAAUUUUCGGGGCAAGCGCAAGCUUGUGGGAAAUAAAGACAAAGAGGAAACACCAGAGCAACUCAGAAGAGUAUUUUGCACGAAUGCCUGUGGCCUAGCUGCAGAUAACGAGUCUUGGGCCCGUUUUCGUCCUGCUGGAGAUGAACGUAGCUGUGUAAAGACGC